AAUAAUGAAGCUUCUGCCAUUGUUUGGCGUCUUUUCUCAUCAAAACCAGCAUCUUCUACGCUCUCAAUGGCGCCACAAGAGCUUUUCAUUUCGCUACGUUGUCGUCGCUUGUCAAUGGACUGUUGGUAGAGGACUCACCUGCUGGCGUUCAAAUGAACGCCGUUCCCUCUUCAUUAACGGGAAGUAUAAAGCAACAUGGCCGACGAGGACUCCGAGGUUUAUGUUACAUUUCCACAUUUAAAGGAGAUGGAAGGUAAAGUUGGCAGGAAAACACCUGAAAGUCUUCUGCUUUGGAUGAGGGAGGAUGUGGACUCGGACGUCGGCGACACAGAGGACCGCCAUCCUCCUGAUGAUCUCUCCUCCAAAUUGAGCUACUUAAAGCAAGAAAUGAGGUGGUUGCGCUCCGCGGAUGUGAGGAUCCUGCGCCAGCUGGUGUCCGUGCACGAGGGUAUCGAGGCCAUGCGCUGGUUGAUGCUGGAGCGCGCCACCUUGGCCAGCUGUGACAGCAGUUUGACGGGAAGUCUGAGCAGCCUGGUGACGGCGGAGGAGCACGGACCUUCAAUAUCUCCAUGCAGGGACAUUCCAAGGUCAACCUACCCUGAAAAUCCGCCUGGAAGCUUUAACGGGGAAUCAUCAGAUGGCGCUUUACACGCCGUCGCCGAUCAUUCAGACCGGAGGAGCGCUGAAGAGAGUCCGAGCAAUUUCACUCUCCCAUCACUUGGCAUAAAAACAUGUGCCGAUCCCAUCGGCGGCGGUUUCCCUGAAUGCACGACUACACCGAGAGACGCACACGCUGAUGAGAAGUUGCAAGUGACACAUGAUGACACAACAGAAGAGGAUGAGAAGAUGGCUGCUCUGUUCGGUUAUGACGCUCAGUGGUGCUGGGUAGAGUCACGAGAUGAUGUGACAUAUUUAUGAUUCAAUGUGUCCCACCACAACUAUGUAGAUCAGUGGUCCCCAACCACCGGUCCGUGACGUAUUUGCUACCGGGCACUACUGUCCCACUAAACACACCAAUAAGCUUGUUUAUAGAUGUAUAUUACAACUCCUGACAGGAAGUCGCCAUUUGUUAUAGCACAUUAAUGCACAUUAAUGAACAUAUACAAUUUUAAUAUGUCAGGUUGUAGCCUUUAAUAGUUUUAAUUUUCAUCUGCAGGGUCAUUGUGUGGGGUGGCGUGGCCUGCGGACCUGCAG